AUGCCCAGCGCAAGGCGCUGUACAGGAGACCGGAUCAAGGUCUUAUCGCCACUCCUCGCCCACCCAGGACAAAGAAUCAUGAAGCUACAGUGCACGGUUCUUAUGCCCCGCUUUCCUCAAGUCAGAUUUUUGGAAAGCUCAGACGCUCAACACAACGGUUUAGAGAAGUUGUCAAACGCACUGGCUUUAGGGGAGACCUCAGUGCUUAUCCUCACCCUGCUUGCUGUUUUCGCUUUUGGGGGAAAAUUUGCGGUGGUGAGGAAAUGUAUAAAGAAAGAUUCUGGAAAAGAGUUUGCAGCAAAGUUCAUGAGAAAAAGAAGAAAAGGCCAAGAUUGUCGGAUGGAGAUAAUUCAUGAGAUUGCUGUACUUGAACUAGCACAGGACAAUCCUUGGGUCAUUAAUUUACAUGAAGUGUAUGAGACUCCAUCAGAAAUGAUCUUGGUUCUGGAAUACGCUGCUGGUGGUGAAAUCUUUGACCAGUGUGUGGCAGACCGAGAAGAAGCCUUUAAAGAAAAAGAUGUUCAGAGGCUCAUGAGACAGAUUUUAGAAGGUGUCCACUUUUUACAUACUCAUGAUGUAGUUCAUCUUGAUUUGAAGCCUCAGAAUAUUCUGCUGACAAGUGAAUCUCCUUUGGGUGACAUUAAGAUAGUUGAUUUUGGCCUUUCAAGAAUAAUGAAGAACAGUGAAGAGCUUCGAGAAAUUAUGGGUACUCCUGAAUAUGUGGCCCCUGAAAUUCUUAGUUAUGAUCCUAUCAGCAUGGCAACAGAUAUGUGGAGCAUUGGAGUGUUAACAUAUGUCAUGCUUACAGGAGUAUCGCCUUUCCUAGGCGAUAAUAAACAGGAAACGUUCUUGAACAUAUCACAGAUGAAUUUAAGCUAUUCUGAGGAAGAAUUUGAUGAUGUAUCUGAGUCAGCUGUAGACUUCAUCAAGCAACUUUUACUUAAGAAACCUGAAGAUCGAGCCACUGCUGAGGAAUGUCUUAGACACCCGUGGUUGACACCUAGCAGUAUCCCCAGUCCUCACAAGGUGAAGGGAGCAGUAGAAGCAGCAGGCAUCCUCCAAGAAGGUGAUUCUGUGGCUGGAAUUAACGAAGAUACUGAGGAGCCAGAAUCCGAGGGACCACUGGUGACAGAGGAGUUAAUUGUAGUUACUUCAUAUACUUUAGGACAAUGCAGACAGUCUGAAAAAGAGAAAACGGAGCAAAAAGCCAUUUCCAAACGAUUUAAAUUUGAGGAACCGUUGCUACAAGAAAUUCCAGGAGAAUUUAUUUACUGAGCUGUAUAUCCCUUUAAAACUUUAAGAUUUCUCCAUUGAAAAUGUUAAUAUUAUUUAUGGACCUCUGACCAAAUGUAUGUAUACUGGAAGUAGAUAGCCAGGUAAAACUUGACACAAACAAAAAUAAUUUUGCAAAACUUUUGGAAUUAAGUGAAUCAAACCAGAUUUAUAAAAUUGCCAGCCAAGGAUUUAACAGGUAAAGUUAUCUGUUUCAGUGUUCUUUUUAAGAAGAAAGAUGUUUGAACCUUUUAGCAUCCUGUUUCUCUAGAAUGAGAACUUGUGUACAAAGAUACUUGUAUUUACUUUAAA